GAAACGCUCACGAUUCUCGAUCGAGUUUCUCUGCAAGUCCAUCCUGGUGAACUUGUGGCCAUUAUUGGCGCUUCUGGUUCUGGGAAAAGCACAUUUAUGCAUAUUUUGGGUGGUUUGGAUGAGCCAGAUCAAGAAUUUAACGCGCAGGAAAAUGUUGCUAUGCCACUGUGGAUGCGUGGAGUGAGUCAACAAGAUGGUUUGGCGUUGGCUCGAGAUGCCUUGGAAAAAGUAGGUGGAGAGCGUCAACGAGUGGCGAUUGCAAGAAGCUUAGUGGCCGAUCCAGCCUGCAUUUUGGCCGAUGAGCCUACUGGGAACCUUGAUUCCGCUAACGCCGAAAAGGUGAUGGAGUUGAUGUUUACGAUGACGCGUGAGCGUGGCAUGAGUUUGGUGUUAGUGACGCAUGAUCGAGAAAUUGCUGCACGUUGCGAUACGAUAUAUCGGCUGGUGCGAGGUAAACUGGAGCGUGUUGAGUUGCGG